GCCCCCAAAACAAAGAGGGGGAGACUCUAUAUCUCAAUCAGCUGGUGCCGGAUCUGCUUGUUGUUCUAUCAAAGUCAGAACCCAAUUGGCCACCAAAAGAAUAACAAUUUAGAUACAAAAACAUGCGUGCUGCCGUGUGGAGAAGAUUAUUACCAGUGGUUUUUUCCACCCAAAACCCCUCAAUUUUACAUAAUGUCCAGCGCGGAAUGAGCCAAGAUGCUUCGGUGGUUCGCCUGAAGUACUACGACCGAAAGGACGCCUUCCUGGAGGACAGCAUCAAAGUAAAGAACCCAUUUGCCCUGUUUAAUGAUUGGCUGGAACUGGCCCAGAACACUCCUGGAGUGGAUGAGCCCCACACCGCCGCUUUGGCCACCGUGGGGGCCGACGGUAAGCCAUCGAAUCGCUUCCUUCUGGUCAAGGACUUCACCCCCGAAGGACCCAUCUUCCUGACCAACUUCGGCAGCCGUAAAGCUCUGGACAUUACUGUUAAUCCCAAUGUAGCUGUGUCGUUCUAUUGGCUGCCCCUCCGGCGCAGUGUGCGUGUCGAGGGCGUGGCGGAAAAGAUUUCCGAUGCCGAGGCGCUGAAAUAUUUCAAGCAUCGUCCCCGAACCGCUCAAAUAGCCGCAAACACUAGUCCUCAAAGUGAGGCAAUACCCUCCCGAAAGUAUCUGGAAGAUAUUCAGGCUGGAAUCCAGAAGAAACUGGGAGAGGACACCGAGGUACCGCUGCCCAACUGGGGUGGGUAUCUAGUUCGCCCGUAUUCCAUGGAGUUCUGGCAAGGUCAGACGGAUCGUCUGCACGAUCGAAUCCGGUUCAGAAACGGCCCGGGAGUGGAAUCAGAGGUUGAUGGAAAGAUAGUACACAAGGGAGAGAAUGGAUGGGUUUACGAGCGGUUGGCUCCCUAAUUUUGAAUAUAAUCUCUAUAAAUUCGUGCCUUUUUUUAAAUAUACACAUUUUUGUGCCAAAAAAAAUAUGUUUGCAAUUAAAGUGUAUAAAGCA